AUGCAGAAGCACCGCACACAGACGCUGUUUCGCCUGCGAGUGUACCGGCUCCGGCACCUACAACAGACACACCACUACAGGAGCCUGGCGGGCAAGAUGCCACUUCGACACAUCCUGCCGCCCUUGGACAUGUCUCGCAACUCCGGCCCUGCCGCCACAUCCUCCUCCUCCUCCUCCUCCUCCUCCGCUGCUAUCACCACGUCCUCUACUCCCUGGCUUCCGCACAAUUCGGGAAUGCUGAGCCGUGGGCCAACGACAUCGGGCCUGCAUCACAUGGGUCUCGGACACGCAGACAACAGUGGAGGCAGCGGCACCGGCAGUAGCGGCUCGCACCGCAUCCCAUCCGUCUACGCCAUGUCUGGCUUAUCAGGAACCCAGCCCGCUCAUCUGGGGACGCAACACCCUCACCACCACAUGGUACAGGACCCGUUUCACCCGUUCCUGUCCGCGCCGUCUUCAUCCACCAGCGCUGGCGCCACCUUCCAGGACACGCACGCUGCCGCCCAGCAGCAGGCCAUCGACCUUCCCUAUGCGGCCUCCCUUCCUCAACAACAGCAGCUGUUGCUGCAUCAACGCCUGCGCAUGCUGCAACCCGCGCUUGACUCGCAGCUUCUGCCCGGGUUUGAUAUUCGCCUCCCUCCCGUCGGUUCAACAGCAGGACAAGACACCUCACACCAACAGCAACAGAAGCAGCAGCAGCAGCAACAGCAACAACAGGAACAACAGCACCUUCUUCAGCACUUGCUUCAUCAGCACCAGCGUUUGUUGCAGCAGCAGCAGCAACAGCAACAAGAAGACCGAGACACCCAGCAACAAGGUGAAGGGGACGUUGAGCAAGCAACAGCAGCGGCAGCCAGUGUGUCGCGAGAAGAGCGGGACAAGGCAGAGGACACGCGCGAGAAGCAGCCGGAGAAGCAACAACCCAAGCAGCGCCAGCAGCCAGCCGGCAAGCAACGGCAAAAGCAACAGCAGGAGCAGCAGAGUGGCGACGUCCCGUCCUCGGCCGCAGCAGACAAGCAGCAGGGCAAAACCAGCGAUGGCGGUGGCGGUGGUAGUGACAGUGGUGCCGCCGAGCACAGCACCGACGAUGACGGCAAAACUGCUGCUGCUGCUGCCACUGCUGCUGCUGCCACUGCUGCUGCUGCCACUACCGCUGCUGAGAGCGCGGCCAAGCCACCAAGCCUGCGCCGCAGCGCGCAGAGAAAGAAGCGAGUAACUCCAGACAAAGUGGAGCGCAAGUGCCCGGCGGAGGGGUGUAGCAAGACGUUUGACCUUGUCAAGCGGCUGAAGGAGCACAUCAAAACGGAGCACGCCAACGCACGCGAGUUGCUGGAGACGCUGAAACCCGCAGCAAAGACGCACCACUGCCCGUUUUGUGCAAAGGCAUACGCCUUCAAAUCGGGCCUCUUCCGGCACAUCCGCGAAGUCCACCCGCACCGCGCAGACGAGGUGAUUACACCAAAGCACGAUGCGCGCUUCCCCUGCUUCUUCUGCGACACGGUCCCGUUCAAGUCUGUCACCUCCUUCAUUCAACACACCCGCGAGCAGCACCCAGCCCAGUUUGAGGACUCCAUUGACUACACUGUGCGCUAUUUCCCUUCGAUGGACGCGUUUUCGGACUGGCUGCGCCACGAACAAGACACGACGUACACGGAGUAUCUCCUGCGGUACAACCACACCACAGACUCCUACCAGACCUGGGACAAUCAGCGUGUCAAGGUUGUUGGGCGGCGGUAUCGCGUGUGUGCACGCAACCGCCCCGCUCCCUCACAAACGCGCAACAAACGCCCGCGGCGCAAGAAGCUGCCCAAGGGCGUCGGUAUGUGCCUUGCGCGCAUGUGGAUCGACAUUGCAGACGACAAGCGCGUGCGUGUGCGCUUUCUGCGCAACCACAGCCACAAGUGCACGCCCGAGCACACGUCCAUCCCCAAGAACCUGCGUGACUUCAUCGCCACGCAGAUUGCCGCGUGCAUCCCACCCGUGAAGGUCCUCAACAACCUGCGGUCGGCGUUUGCGGGCACGGAGCGUGCAGCUCUCAUCACGCUGCAGGACAUCAACAACAUAGCUCGCACGUGUGUGCGUGCACAGCUUGACCACGACGACUCGCAGUCGCUGAUGCAACGCCUGCACGACCUUGCACACCACGACCCUGGCGCAAUCGUGAGCCUGAAGGCGCCUGGCGAGCCCGCAUUCCGCACGUUUCCAUCUGUUCAGGGCAUGCCCGUCACCGCCGACUUUGCCGCUGAAGAUUUCGUCCUUGUUCUUCAGACGGCUUUCCAGAAGCAGCUCAUGAAGGAGUGUGGGUCGCGCGGGGUGUUCCUUGCUGUUACGGCGCAGAACAACAAGUACCACUACCCGACAAUGACGCUCGUUGGUGAGAGCCCUGCCGGCAAUGCAGUGGCGCUGGCACACUGCAUCUCCAACAAGAAGACGGCAAGCACAACCCGCCUCUUCUUCGCCAGCACCACCGUGCCACUCGGUGUCAGGCCGCACACAUACCUCUUCAUGAACGAGCAGACGGAUGCCGCGGAUUUUGAAAUUGCGCGCGAGACCUGGGGCGCGUCUGUGAGGCCGCUUCUCUGCACGUGGGCACACGGCGAUAUCUGGCAAACAGAGGCCACUGCUCGGGCGAGCACGCCUCACCAAGGCCGCAAGGCGUUCAAGGCACUUGUGCAUCUUCUUCGCGCACAGAACCCGCAGGCGUUUGAGGCGUCAUGGGAUGGGUUUUGCCGGCUGUGGAAGCCAACGGAGCCCGACCUGGUGGAAUGGGCGAGUGAACACAUGUACGAGAAGCGGACGCUGUGGGCCCGCGCUUUUCGCGAACCGAGCGACCCCUCCACCGAGAACAUCCUCAGCGAGUACCAGGCUGCUGUGCGCGAGACGGCGGUGUGCGAUACGGCCGCGGCCUCCCUGGAGCAGCAGGUGGAGAGUCUGUUCAAGCUGGACACGUGGCAGCAGAACCUUGCCAACCGCGUUCGUGAGGAAGGUGACAGCGUGGUGUUGGCGCUCAAGGCCGCGCAGGCCAUUCGCGAAGGAAAGGUCAUCAGCCCCCUCAACAUCGAGCAGGCAGGCCCGGCACUCUUCAAGGUGAAACACGAUCAGUCGAACACGACGGUGCACACGGUGACACGCCAGGCCGUGCCGACCUGCAUGCACUGUCGCGUUCUUCCGUGCAUCCACGUCUUUGACUGCACGUGCUUUGACUUUGCCGUCAGCAACACUGGCGUGUGUCAGCACACGGGCGCCGUGUAUUCGCUCAUGGUUGAGCGGACCGAUGCAGGCAGGAAGAAGCGACGCGCCAAGCAGGACAAGGACACCCAGGCCCAGUCGCAGCAGACAGGCGAGGGCCCACAGGCCCCUGAUACUGCUGCGACAACUGCUGCGAGUGAUUCAGCGAGUGAUGGGACCCCGGCUCAUCCACCACCACCCCUGAUGACGCCACAGCCGCAAGGGCAGCCUGCACAGAGCCCUGCCGUUCAGGGCCAGCACGUGCCGCAGCCGCACUCACAAGCACAAACGCCCACACGCAGCGAGAACGACAGCGGUGCUGGCGUUGGCGGGGACAGUGGCGUGCAGGAGUCACAGCCACAGCCAGGGCCACAACCUCUGCCACAACAGCAACCGACCCAAGCCCACAAGCAGCAGCAGGAACGGCAGCAGCAGCAGCAGAGCCAAAGUGAAAAGCAGGGAGGAGAACAAGCGACUGCUGCGAGCACUGCUGGUGCCGAGGGCAACACGAGCGGCAGUGACAGCGGGCACAGCAACGAAGCAAUUGGCGCGGCCGGUGCCACCGUAGCCACGUCGCCUCAGCAGCCAGUCAAUGUCGUGGUGGACGAAGCACAUGCUAGCACGGAGACUGGCACGGAGACUGGGGAGCCGCCAGCCAAGCGCGCGCACACCACCACCGAGUGA